AUGGAUGAUGCUGAACAACAAGGAGAUGCUGUUUGGGAGCAAGCAAAUGAGAAUCAAGAAUGGAGACCAUGGCCUCAACAAGGUUAUGAACACAGGGAGUAUGAAAGUGGCUACCAAAGCUAUGGCCCGGGAUCACAAGGAAAUGAUUAUGAUAAAUUGGCAAUGCUUCAAAGCAUGCAAGCAAAACAAGAUGAGCGUUAUGAAGAGCACAUGGGCUGGCGCAUAAGCUUUCAGGAAAUUCAAGAUGGGCGGGGUCACGAUGAAACUAGAAAAUCAAGAAAUCAAGGAAACUUUCUUGAGUUAUUGAAAAUAUUAGCAUCCUACAAUGAUGAAAUUGCAAAAGUUGUGUUGGAAAAUGCUCCACAAAAUUGCAAGUGUACUUCACAUCAAAUUCAAAAAGAGCUCUUGAAAAUUCUUUCUAGUAGGGUGAAAAAGAGUAUUCGUGAGAAAAUUGGUGACUCCAAAUUUUGUAUCGUUGUUCAUGAAGCUCGUGAUGAGUCAAAAAAGGAACAAAUGGCUCUUGUAUUAAGAUUUGUUAAUAAAAAUGGUAUUGAGAUUCCUGAUCUUAAUGAUGUUCAUUUAACAACAAGAUUUGGACGCUCCCGUCUUGAAGAGAAUCAAGUCACAAUUCAAAAUUACUUUAAAGUUGAAAUCUUUUUCACUACCCUUGACAAACAGUUACAAGAGUUGAAUAGCAGAUUUAUUGAGCAAGCAAUGAAUUUGUUAACUCUUUCUUGUUCUUUGUCUCCUAAGGAUGGAUAUAAAGCUUUUAGCAUUUAUACUAUUUGUUCUUUAGUUGAAAAAUAUUAUCCUAUGCAUUUUAGUGAUCAAGAGAAUAAUAAUUUAGAAUUUCAACGCCAACAUUUUCUAUUUGUUACUCGUCAAGCAUCAAACUUGAAUAAUUUCUCAACUAUUCAAGAACUAUGUUCAUGUUUGGUUGCGUUUGGACAGGCUGAAACUUAUUUCUUGAUUGAUAGACUACUUUGUCUUAUCUUGACUCUUCCUGUUUCUACGGCCACAACUGAGAGAUCUUUUUCAUCAAUGAUAAUUAUUAAGACUAAGUUGAGAAACAAGAUGGAUGAUAAGUUUAUUGGAUAUAACAUGACAAUAUAUAUUGAAAGAGAGAUUAGUGUAAGCAUUAGUUCUAAGUCAAUUAUUGAUGGUUUCAAGUCACUCGGAAUGCAGAAAGCAUUGCUUUAA